AUUGAUCUUUAGCCUACCGUACAUCGGUGCUGCUUAAAUUCUGCAUGCGUUCUCACCUCUUGUCUAUAUAAAAGCUAAUAACUGGUGCGUUACCCGAAGGCAGGGAACUAGAGGCUUCUCGGCCUUCUCUGACACGAAUCACCCCGACUCAUGCCAAUAAAUAACCGAGUUCCUCUGCAUUUCAAUAUCUAAACCCACACGACUUCACUCCUCCAACACAAUGCUCGCAUCUCUUCUCUCAGUAUCCAAAGGCUUUAGGACCGUUCUGUGCAAGAGACCGGUCGCACCGCAACGGAAUACGCGCUUCAAUCGUACCCCAGUCAGGCUCUGGAAACCCUCAGUCGACGCCUUCCUGGAACCCAACACGUCCACCUGGUGUGUACUGGAUUUCUGCACUGAGUAUCUAGAUGAAUGAAUGUCAGGCAAUACGUGGUUCACGAUCCU